AUGUCCCUAACAAACGCGAACAUCGUCACAGAAAACGGCGAGCAAUUCAUACCGGCCUCCCAACGGCCGGACGGCACGUGGAGGAAAGCCCGAAGGGUCAAAGAAGGCUACGUGCCCCAAGAGGAGGUCCCGUUGUACGAAAGCAAAGGCAAGCAGAUUUUGAACAGGAAACACGACCCCGUAGUGCUAUCGACCGGACAAGUCGCCAAGAAAUCCCCCAUACCCGGACUGUACAUCGUCGACGUCGAUCCGGACAAAAAGAAGGCCCCCAAGAAAAAAACAGAAGAUUUGGAUAAAUCGUUAUCCGAUUUAAAACUCGCCGAUGGGCCGAAACAGAAGGGCCCCAAGAAGGCGGAUAAGGAGGUUCCCGAAGCCUCGGAUCCCCAGAAGAAGCUGAAGAACUUGAAAAAGCGCCUUCGAGAGGUCGAAGCCUUAGAGGAGAAAAUCAAAAGCGGCGCUGUGGCUAAACCGGAGCCCGAGCAACUCGCUAAAGUCAAAAGGAAAAACGACCUCAUUCUCCAGAUACACGAUUUGGAGAAACUUCUUCAAUAG